CUGAGCGAAUGUUGGUUACCGUCGUGUGGCGAGAGCAGCUCGUUUCGUUUACUUGCCCAGGACCAAGUAAGCGACUGGCUGUGCAAGCUGGCAACGGUUAGUUCGAAUAAGGACGUGAACAGCGAUGAAUAGCAACGGUGCCGCAUAGCCGACGGUGGAGCUAACGAGUCGCAGAGGGAUACCAAUAGGGAUUUUGCUUAAACAAGUAUCAUGAAUUGAUUAAAGUGUAGCAAAAGGUGACAGAAAAGUGGCCAAGGUGUAAAAAUAAUAAAUCAAUGCACUGCAGUUCCAGUAAAAAGUGUAUAAAUAGCAAUAAAUAGAUGCAUAGAGGGCAUGAAUAGUUUAGUAGGCGCUCAAGUGUGAAAUAAAGUAUUAUAAAUGUGUAUAUGUAUACGAGUGGGUACAUAUAUGGGUGCCUCUAUUCUUACACAUACAUACAUACGCAUUGAAAAUACGUGUGGGUGUGAAUGCGCAAUCAUUUCCAUCACCAUACAAAUCUUAUGCAGUGCUCUAGCGUACAUGCGUGUGUGUGGAUGUGUGUGUUGCACAAAUAGUGUUAAGUUUUGCCAAUUAGAUUUAAAUAUGCUCACACAGAACGAAACUUCGCAGUGCUCAGUUUUCUUAUACCCAAAAUUGGUACACCCAAAAUGUAAAUGAUUUGCAUCGAUUGCGAAAUAAAUAUUAUAUGAAUUCGAAGCAAGCAAAAAAUAACAACAACAACGCGCAUAAUUCCUUCCAAUUCUAUUGGAAUGGUGUUAGUGCUAUUCUUUGAUCAUUUGCGUUGGCGGUGCGACCCUCGAAAUUGUCAGAUUAAAAAUUUAUUCGCGAGCAGUACGGGGCAUGAGUGGAUACACCCGCGUCACAACUACCAAACGACCCCACACUUACACGCACACACCAAUAGUGUACAACUUGGUCAAAUGUGUGCUCGUUUUUUGUGGACGCAUGGAAUAAGGAAAAGUUGAGAUCCGCAGCGCUCAACUGCUCUUUCCUGUGCACAUUAACGAAUUUGUGUUAUGGUUCGUUAGAUCCUGGCGAAAGACGAACAAGAGCUAAAUGCUAAAUAAAGUGAAACAAAAACAAUAACAAAAACAAAUGCACGUAACAUAAGCGUACGCCAUAAGAAUUGAAAGUGAUUGUAGAAAAAAUGGAAAGUGUUUCUUUAUUUUUAUUAUUUUAUAGCAAAAGAGAUUUGUGAAGUUUUAUUAAUAAUUCAAGCAAAAAUCAAAAUUUAAUAAAUGAGUUUGAGGGUAAAAUAUAUGAAAUUUAAUUGGCAAAUUUUUAUCUUUAUUUAUAAAUAGCUGCAUGCAUUCGUAUAUAUUUAUAAAACUAUGCCUGUGAAAAUAUAUUUAUAGUUCUGCAUUGCAAUCUUAGCCCAUCGACACAGAUUACGCCAUUGCGCUGGCGUCAUUAAUUAUUAGGCACCCACUUGAGCUAACUUUGGAGUUUCGAGUUGUUGUGCUAGCGCAACGAGAGUGUUAAGUAAUGAAAAGACAGUUUGUUACAUAUACAUAUACACCUUGUAUAGCUAUAAAUUUAACCAAGAAGCGGCUCGAAAUUUAAAAUUUUAAUAUAUGAAAAAUAAAAAAAAAAUAUUCUCAACCAAAGUAUACUUUAAAACAUCAAAAUUCAUGCACGUGAAUAUUUACAAUAUGAAAAUUAGCAUUUAAUAAAAUAAAGUGUGCGUGUGCGAGCGUAGCAGCGUUUCGGUUCAUAUCAAAUCUAUGCUGUUAUGUAUGUAUUACAUACAUAUGUGUGACUUCAUAGAUAAAAAUUGCAAACCGUUAUUUGUGCGGCAAUUCAAAUGUACACUUGUCUUGGAUGGCAAACGACGCCUCAGUAAUAAGCCACAACAACAAAAGCAACAAUCAACUAUAGUGGAUACGCGGAUUCGCGCCGUUUCAAAGCAGUGGGCCACGCAACGCACGGACAUAAUUGUGGCUGCGUCGAAUCUUGAAACUCAAUUCUUGCACCCUCGUUGGCAUAAAGCACAAAGAUGUUUGGUUACACUGGCAAAUGGGGUACUUGGUUCACACUGGUUCUGGUACAGUUGGCGAUUAUGCUCGGCUUUGCCUGCCGUGUCUCUGAGUUUCCUUGCAAAGGCAACAACAAUAUUUGCAUACCGCUGGACAAAUUCUGCGACGGAAGAGCGGAUUGUGAGGACAACAGUGAUGAGCCAAAGCAUUGUUCGGUUUGCAACCGAACUUAUUAUGGUGACGUUGGCCGCACCUAUACAUUAAAGGUACCAACACCACAAUGGAACCGACUGCCUUUUUUAUGUCACUUAACAUUCACAGCUUCUGGGCGUGAACAAGGCGAUAUUGUGCAAAUUAUUUUCGAUAGCUUCACAGUGGGCCGCUUUGAUGAGGGCAUGGUCGACUCAGAUAUUGAAGGUUACGAGAGUAAUGUUAACCCCGUGGGCGAAUUGCCGGGUUGUCCGGAGGGUUUUAUGCAGCUAAGUGAACUGGGGCGUCCAUUCACAGGAGGCUCUUGGUGUGGGAAAGCCACUGGCCCACAAUUGUAUUUUAGCGAAACAACAACAGUAACAGCGUCUGUUAAAGUAUUUCAUCCGCCCAAGAAUAUACAUGAUGAAAAGCCAUUUGAAUUUAAAAUACGAUACAAAUUUAUCAGUCAAACCGAUGCUGUAGUUAGAUAUGGUUUGCCUGAUAAGCCUUUGGAAUUGGGACGCGUAACACCCGGCACUUAUUGUACACGCCAAUUCGAUGAGUGUUAUCGCAAUAAAUGCCAUUUGCAGAGUCCAAAUUAUCCGGGAAUGUAUCCGAGAAAUGUAACAUGCUAUUGGACUAUAAGGCAAAAGGAGGUGCCGACUAGUAAACAUGCCAUGAUUGCCGUUAGUCAAGAAAAUCAACACAAAGCUCUCGUCAAAAGAUCUAUUGCGAGCUUCAACAAAACUUCACGUUCCAUUCGGGCGUGGUCGGACUGUACAGGGGAACGUGAUCAUCUAAUUUUCUAUGAUGGCAGUUCAACGAAUGAUCCGGUUUUGGCCAAAUACUGUGGUGGCGAUUGGUUGCCACGUGUGGUAUCACGUGGCCCAGAAAUGUUGGUUGCAUUCCAUUCCAGCCCCUUUUCAGCGCCUCUCCAACAAGGUGUGCCUAAUCGCGGUUUUGAACUUGAUGUCGAUAUAAUUUUCACAGAUUCAGACUCGUACGAUUUUGCACAAGGCACAAAGAAUACAUGCGAGUUCCAUAUAAAUGCAACAAAUCCAGAUGACGUGCUAUUUUCACGGAGAGGGCGUAUGGGUCGCAUCGUAAGCCCACGACAUACUCUACCACCGAACACAACAUGCACAUACCACUUUCACGGCUAUCCAGGAGAUCUGAUUUGGCUAUCGUUCACAAGUUACAACCUGCAAAUAUUGCAACAAACUAUCCAUGACAACAACACCCUAGGCAGGGCUGAUCUGCCACCUUGGAUAACACGACUGAGAAUGUGGGAUAGUUAUGGAACAUAUGUUUCUUCGAAAACCACAACAACAACCGGACUACCACCCUCACCACCACCUGUAGUAUCAUCCGCCGCCGGGGGCAAGCCGACAACGCUAAAUCAAAGCUCUUAUGGCAACUAUUAUUACAGCGCUCAAAAUCCGAAGUUGGGGAAGAAUAUACGCGUAAAUAUAGAUAAUGCAUGGAACCCUGUGGACACAUACAUUUAUGGGCCAACACAAUCGAGCAUUUUUAACAAUGAAAAUAAAUAUAGUGGUUACCAGCAAGCUGGAGCUGGGGCAGGGGGAAAGCAAAGUGGAGGUGUUGUGAAUGGUGGUAUAAGUGGCAUUAAGGAGAGUCUGAAUUAUAUUUCCGGUAGUAGUAGUGGUAAAAGUAGCAAAGACGCGACGUCAGCCGAAAAGACUUCAGUUUCGUUGAUGAGCUCUAAGGGCAAACGACGUCUUAUGUUGGAAAUAUACGACUAUGAGACACCCAAAUUAUGUGACCAUACUGCCAUUAGCAAUAACGCGCUGGGUUUCAAUAAAUUGAGACCCUGCAGUCCCUUGGAGAGCUAUGUCAGCUCUGGACGGGAUUUGAAAUUGGAGUUCCACACUCACACCGGCACUGCCCUUUUCCCUGCUCAGUUUUCUCUUAAUUAUGAAUUCGUCGACACUGAGCAAGGUGGUGAACCAUGGCCGGGACGUCGUGGUGAGGACCCUGUACCUCCACUGUGUUCACGUGUAUUCCGCAAGCGUAAAGGCAAUAUACAAGUGCCACGAAACGUAUUUCUCUAUGGACGAGGUGGUGCCAAAAACCUGACUUGUCUGUACCGCUUUGAGGCUGGUUCAUCGGAGCGAGUGCGUCUGGUUUUACAUAAUGUCACAUUUGGCGAGGGAACUACGUGUACAACAGAUUCGGAUCUACACACUGGACGCCCCCGUUGUAAUCAACUGGACCCAGAAGGACGUAUCACGGAAUUACGCCUGUUCGAUGUGCCAUUUCGUGAUGUAAAAAUACAAUUGGGUUGUUUCUGUGACAACUCCAGUACUCUUUAUAGCAAUGCACCGUUAACAUUUAUAUCCAACUCACGUGUUAUGGAACUAACAUUUACCGUUAAUCGUUUAAAUAUAUCGGAAGAUUUUGCAGAUGUUUUCUUUUUCGCUUCAUAUGAAUUCAAACGAGUUAGUGAAUGUCGCAAACGUCUAAAACUGAAAGGAUCCGGGGGUGAAGAUGAAAUUAAGUACCCAAUGAAAUCACAAGACUCAAGUUGUGAGGGUCUCUCUUGGUGCAUAGAAGCACAAACAUUGGAGCAUUCACUCUUCGUGCAGACUUGGGGCUCUUAUUUACCCAUUGAUCCCACGUCAGAGGAUGCAAUGCGUUGUCACACAAAAAAUCGUUUAAUUAUAUAUGCUGGACGGCCUUUGAAGCCAAUGCGUGUCGUUUGUCCAGCACAGAGUGGACCAAGACCAACUUCGUUGCAUAUAUUCUCAGAGGAUUGGACAAAUGGUCAACCGUUGUUCACCAAUAAGCCCGUUAGCUUGGUUCUUGAACCCAUAUUAAAAGAACCAGGCGACAUAGCUUUCACAUGGUUGGAAAUAUAUCGAACUCGAAAUUCGUUAAUUCAACAGUUGGACUUGCAGAGUAACGUCAGCGUUAUGACUGGCGGUACCAGCGGUGGCAAUGAUACGCUAACCGACAUCGGCUUUUAUCCAAAAGAAUCCGAUUGUGAAUAUAAAUGCCCCGAAUUGGAUGCGUGUAUUGCGGGCAGUCUGUGGUGUGACGGCCACAAUAACUGCCCAUCUGGAUUUGAUGAAUCUGAACAGGAGUGCGGCUCGGCGCGCAAACUGCUCGAACUGCCUGGUGGUGUAUUUGCGGCGCUCGGAUGCAUAGCAGCAGCUAUUACAGCUUGCCUCAUAUUCUGUAUUUUCGGUUUAUUGAGAAAACGUAAAAAAACUGUCGGUCAAAAAAUUACCAUAAAUGGUACACUCAAAAAGGACUUCAACAAGGAGUCAUUAUUUAUUGAUCCAGCCUCUUGACACGGGCUACAACCGGUCGAAUAUAUACAUGUCGAUCGGGAAACGACUGUGUGAUAUGUUGCCGAUGAAUUUUAGUGCUGCUAUUGCUGUCGCUUUAACAAUACUCCAACGAGUACGAGAGAAGGCGGGGCAUACGUCGAGGAUGAUAUAUCGAUCCAGCAUGCAUGACCCAGUGUAUUGUGUACGGUGUGCCCUAAUUAAAAUAUAUACUUACAGACAUACACAUAUAGUAUAUAUAAGGAAUUUUUCUAAGCGCUUGUUUUCAAAAUACAACAAUUACAUACAACAACCAGAAAAAAUACAAAACAAAAAAUACUGUUAGAAUUGAGCAAACGCAGCUAAGCAAAUUUAUGAUAAGAAAACGAUACAAUCACUGCCUUUUGAUUAUACUUAACUAAUCGUUUCUGUAAUUAACUAAACAUUUUCAAACAAUAUUUUUAAAUGAUUACACAAUGUGAAAACGAUUUUUCCGUCAGAUGAAAAAAUACACGCUGAGUUUUAAAUUUGCAGUUCUUUAAAAGAAUACGAGAUUAUGGCACAAUUUUGCUUUCAUAAAAUCAAAUCCCCUAUAUUUCUGGGAACAAAAACUUUUCGCAAAAUUAAACAGUCGUUUGAAAACGACUUAACAGUUAUAGAUCUCUCGUUUUCACAUAAUAUCAAGAAACAAAUAACAAAUAGGGAAAAAAACGCCUAUAACAAAACGAUGAAGUUUCUCAAAAAAAAUUCUCUGAAAAUUCACAAAAAAAUAAUAUUGCAGAAACUGUCUCAUUUACAGGUCUUUUCUAUCACUUUCGUAACCUCAAAUUUUGAAAUAUUCAUUGAAAAAUAACUCAAAAUUUUACCGAAAUAUGAAAUUCAAUUCUUAUAUAUUUGACAUAAAAACUUUUAACAUAACUUUUUAGCUUCACUACUUAUAUUUUCUCGGCUCACUCAGCGUGUUUAUAUGAUUUUUUGACUGUGUAACGUUCGAUCGAAAAUCUAAUUUCUAAAUAUUUAUCUCUUCACACUAUCUGGAAGGAAUUUAUUACUAUAUUAACUUUAAUUUACUACAACUACGAAAAUUGUAAUUUGAGUAUUUUUUGUAUAAUAAAAACAACAGAGAGAAAAACGCACUCUAGACUUGUAGCAAUAGGUGCCAAAUCAAAAUGCCCAACAAUCAUAUAAUUAUGUUUUUUUAUGUGUAUAACAUAUACAAUUUUUUUUUUCAUAAUUAGGGCAAUAGUAUUGUAGUUGUGCUCAAAUUCCAUUUAAAAUUUAAAAAUUUCCAACAAAAAUUUCUGAAUUUAUUUAUGUAAAAUCAUAUGCACCACCUUUAUUCAAGAGUUUCCUCUGUCUGUAAAACACACAUUCAUAAUUUUGAUCAAUCGAGAUUACUAAAAAUUACUGUAUUUUGACAUGAAUUUCACACAUAAAAAGUUAAUCAGUUAAAAUGUCCUUUUCAUAUUUUAUAAGUUGAUUGGGUAUUUUGAAAGUAUUGAAUAUUUCUAAUGCAAAAUUUACAUUUAAGCAAUAAACGUAAGUAUCGAUAAUGUUGUACGAGUAUGUCCGAAUGUAGCGAAAAGAUUGAAAAUAGGAAAAAAAGAAAACUAUUGUAAAUUAGGUACCUUUUAAUUAAUGGCAUGAAAAAUAGGUAAUUAUUGAAAGGAUGACAAACUUAAAAGAAAUCGCAAAUUCUAGAAAUACAUUAAACAAACUAAAGUAAUUUUAUUAUUAUGCAGCCUUUUUCAAUCAAACACAUUUGAAAACGAAACCAGAAAAAGAAAUAAUUAAAUCUCGGAAAAAGAACGUUGAAAAAAAAAACAGAAACAAAAUAAUAUAGCGGAGUAAAGAAUAUGUGCUCACUUACCUAAUUAAAGUAUUAUAGUUUAAGAAGGCUAAACUCAAAAAUAAAUUGGGCAGGAAUGCAAUGCAUAGUCAAAUGUCAGAAAACUUCGAAACGAUGGGCAAACAAAUUUAUUUAGAUUGAGUAAUAUACUCGACAGUAAUAUUUGAGUUAUGCUGUUUCAGCGAAAUUACAAAAACAAUAUAUAUAUAAUAUUGGAAUUUAUUUUGAAUAAUUAUUUAUAAAUGCACAACAAAGUUUUAAUUGUAUCCACAUUUCAACAAGGUUCAUACAACAUUUAUAUGGUAUAUAAUAAUUGUUUAUGGUCUACAUGGCGUAUGAGUAACCUUACUCAAAUAUUUUUGUAAAUACAAAAUCACGCCUGAUUCGUAAGUAGCUUUAUAACAAAUGAAGAAGUUAACUCUCUGUUUUUGUUUUUAUUUUUAAGAUUUCAUAGGUGCUUACAUUUUAAAUCAGAAUCUUUAAAUUUGACAUUUGCUAACCUAUUUUUGAAACUUUUGAUAGUUUUUGACUACUUUUUAAGUAUGAAAUCAAUUUCUCUGCCGAGUAAUAUAAGGAUAUAACAUGAUAAUGAAUUAAGAAAGGUAACAAAACUUAUUGAAUAAGGAAAUAUAAUUUAAAUACAAAAUUUUAAUAAAAAUAAUUGAAUAUAAUUUUCUUAUUACAUAAUUUGAUAAUCGUAUAAUAUUACGACGCCAUCAAACCGAAAUAAAUAAAGCUUUAUUUCAAAGUCUAAAAUAACAAUAAUAAAAUUAAUUUAUAUAUUCAUAAGUUUUAAGACUACUUUGUAUACUUUCAAUCCAUCAAUUUUUUUUUUUGUUUAAUAAAGUGCGUCAACAGCGUUUUAAGACUCAAAAGUACUGUACUGCAACGUGUAAUUUUUGCAUUUAUGUAUACUAUAAUAACUAUACUUAGUUACUUAUUAUCUAAUUAUAAGUGAUAUAAGUUUUUUUCUAUUUUAUAGUAAGAUAUAAGCAUGUAGUCCAUUCUUAAAAAAAAAUUUAAAUUAACUAUAAUUAGUUUAAAAAUUUACCGCUUCAUAUAAAAAAUUCGUUAUUUUCUAGCAUCAUAUUGGUUUCCUGUAUGGAAACACGUUUUUAUGUGCUUUUCAACAAAAAUAUAUAUACGUAUUUUUCGAAGAAGUAAUGGAUAAUUUUACUAACUAUUUUACUGGCAGUCUUCUCUUUAUAGUUAAAUUUAUUUUAUAUAUAAAUUUUAUUGUGAGCAUAACAGAGAGAAGCAGGCCCCUUAUUGUGCCGCGAAAAGGCCAAAAAGCAAAUGAAACUUUAAUUAAGAACUAGUUAUAAUUAAGAGUAGUAUAAUAUAUAUUCUUUAGGGCACUUAUGUAAUUAAAUGAAAAUACGCGAUUUAAUAUGUAAGGGUGUCGAUGGCAAAGUGAUGCAAUUCACUUAGUAUACACAGAUAUUAUCAGAUUUUAUUAAAACAUGUAAAGAUAUAAUUAAUUGUAAUAUCUGUAACGAAGUAUUAAACAUUUAUAAUUUUAAUAAUGAAACAUUUUCCUUAAUCUGUUAACAAUUGGUACAACUUUCCUUGAAAAGUGUCAAACAAUUUGUUGAAAAUAUUUCUCGUUUUUAAUUAAUCUUAUGAACACUUUAAAAAAUUUGAUUUAUUGAAUUUUCAGUUUAAUAUUUUUUAUUCCAUUAAUCUGGUAAUACUCUGUAAUUAACUCUUUUUUUACGUAAAGCACAUAUGCAUGUAUAAGUAUAUACGUAUAUAUUUGUGUAAUGGAUCAACCCUACAUCUUCCAUCACUUCGCCACCGACUCCCUUUUCACAUAAGAGAAAAUAUUCUUACAAGAAUAAGAAUAUUACAAAAGAAAUCUCGAAAGUGUUGUGACGAUGAAGCACGUAUGUAAAUCUUAUCGUAAAAAAGACAGUUUAUAUAAUAAGACUUAUAUAAUAUUAACAUACUACAUAAAUAACUGCAUACAUACAUAGAUACUAGUAUAUUAAAAACACAUUGCACUCAAGUACGUAUGUACAUUAGUAGGUAUGUAAUAAGUUAUUGAAAGUAUAGCCAAAUAAGUAUACAUUUGCACAGGCAAAUGCAAAAGCAAAUGGGAGCAAUUACUAUAUACAUACAUUUACAUAUACAUACACUGAACCAUAUGUAUAGAUACAUAUAAAUAUAUACAUACAUACGUACGUACGAUUAUAAUGUAAAUUCCUGCACAAGUGGGUAACGACAACUUUGGUCUGUUAUAUUAAAUAAAAUAGAUCAUUAUUUAUAAAAAUGCACCACACCUACGAGUAGAUAACCAAACCUUAGAAAAUAUGAAAAAACGAUGUUUCCAGCAUAAAUGUUUUAAAAACAUAUAAUAAAUAGUUCAUAUAUAUAAAAAAAAACAUCACAAAAAAUAGGCAAA